AUGUUGGAAGAAAAAGAAAAUCUGAAUUAGGUGGUGUCGACUUGCAACGAGAGAGCGAGAUAAGAGAUGCAGAUAUUCGUCAAAACCCUAACCGGAAAGACAAUUACGCUCGAGGUUGAGAGCAGCGACACCAUCGAUAAUGUCAAGGCCAAGAUUCAGGACAAAGAAGGCAUCCCUCCUGACCAGCAGAGGCUAAUAUUUGCCGGUAAGCAGUUGGAAGAUGGUAGGACCUUGGCAGAUUACAAUAUCCAGAAGGAAUCUACACUUCACCUUGUUUUGAGACUUAGGGGAGGUACUAUGAUCAAGGUUAAGACCCUUACCGGGAAAGAAAUUGAAAUUGAUAUCGAGCCAACUGAUACUAUCGACCGGAUCAAGGAAAGGGUUGAGGAGAAAGAGGGAAUUCCUCCAGUUCAGCAAAGGCUCAUUUAUGCUGGCAAGCAGCUUGGAGAUGACAAGACUGCCAAAGACUACAAUAUUGAGGGCGGAUCGGUGCUUCACCUUGUCCUGGCCUUGAGGGGUGGCUCUUUCUAAAUGCAGAACUAUGAAAAAUGUUCUGAAUAGCAAUUUAUGAACUAAUUCUCUAUGCUGUGUGCUCUGCCAUCGACAUUGCUACUUAAUAUUGAGUGGAUUUCAGUUUUUCUA